GCAGCCGCCGCCGCCGCUUCCAACGCGACCACCACAGCCGUCGUCGCGAUUGCCUCCGUCCGCUUUCGUCUGCCGCGACCGCCUCGCUCGACCACGAACAUGGCCAGGAGACGACCACGGCGAUGAGCGUCGUCGUGUCGAGCUGCCAGCUCGCUCCCAUCGGCUGACUCCCCCCCCCACCCCGCAUUGCAUGUCCAGCGAGACGCGGACGCGCGGCCUAACAAAACACCGGCCUCGGAUAGAAGCGCUGCCGGGGGAAGUGAGGGGUACCCCGGCACGUGUUGGUGGAGGAGGUGCCAUCCCUCCCCAACCCCACCCCCAGCUCUCCACCCCCCACGACUAUCUCCGUACAAGUGGUCUCGAGUGGCAAAGACGAGGGCGGCUAUCCCGUGGCGGCAGUGUCACUUCGUGGCAGUGUUUGUUGAGCUCGGGGUGAGGAGGAGACGAGGCUUGCUUGUAAGUUCAAUAUCGCGGUCGUUGUAGCCAUGGCUGACGGUAGUGCCAUCACAACGAGGAUCCGGCGUCUGCUUCGCUCUCCGUCGCUGUCCCUCAAGAAGACGAAGCCCACGCCUCUCACCGAGCGGGUGACGCUCGAGAAGGUGUUGGGCAUUACGGUGAGCUCCAGCAGUGGUCUGGCCUGCGAGCCCAAGUCGGGUCUCCUUGCCUACCCAGCAGGGUGUGUGGUGGUGUUGCUCAACCCCAAGAAGAACAAGCAGUCGCACAUCCUCAAUGCAUCCAGGAAAACAAUCACAGCAGUCGCCUUUUCUCCUGAUGGAAAAUAUCUGGUCACUGGAGAGAGCGGCCACAUGCCAGCGGUGCGUGUGUGGGACGUGGCGGAGGGCAGCCAGGUGUACGAGUUCCAGGGCCACAAGUACGGCGUGGCGUGCGUCGUCUUCUCGCCCAACAUGAAGUACAUUGUGUCGGUUGGCCACCACCACGACAUGAUCGUCAACGUGUGGGACUGGAAGAGACGCGUGCUGGCGGCCACCAACAAGGUGUCCAGCAAAGUGUCAGCUGUGUCAUUCUCCGCCGACAGUAGCACCUUCGUCACGGUGGGAAACCGACACGUCAAGUUUUGGUACAUCGACGCGUCAAAGACCUCCAAGGUCAACUGGACGGUGCCUCUGAACGGGCGCUCGGGGCUGCUCGGCGAGCAGCAGAACAACCUGUUCCUGGCGGUGGCGUGCGGCCGCGGACGCAAGGCCGAUGCCACCUUCUGCAUCACGCGCUCGGGUCUCCUGUGCCAAUUCAACGAGCGCCGGCUGCUCGAGAAGUGGGUCGACCUCGGGGCCUCGUCAGCCAGCUGCCUCUCGGUGAGCGAGGAGCUGAUCUUCUGCGGCUGCUCCGACGGUGUGGUGCGCGUCUUCAACCCGGAGAAUCUCAACAUCGUCGCCACAAUCCCGCGGCCACACUGCCUUGGCGUGGACGUGGCGCUGGGCGUGGAGCCCGGGCAUUUAUUCACCCGAAGAGAAGAUGCCCGCUAUCCGGACACGGUGGCGUUGACCUUCGACCCCACGAAUCGCUGGCUGUCAUGCGUCUACAACGACCACAGCCUGUACGUGUGGGACGCGAGGGACGUGCGCAAGGUCGGCAAGGUCUUCUCGGCGCUGUACCACGGCACCUGCGUCUGGGGAGUGGAGGUUUAUCCGGAGGUGGACAGGGGCCCUGUGGCGGCGUGCCUCCCGCCUGGCACCUUUGCCACCUGCUCCUCGGACAACACGGUGCGGCUGUGGAACCUGCAGCGUGACCCGUCGCCGCUCGGCACAGCCGCGUUGCCACGGAACAUCUACAGCAGCGACCUGCUGAAGGUGCUGUACGUGGACGGGAACCUGCAGAGCCUGCAGGACUCUGAGAACAACCCGGCCGGCAGCUCCGACAAGGCUGACCCAGCUUCUGCUGACGCCAAGACCGGCAUCCGCACGCUGUGCGUCAGUCCAGACGGGCAGCACCUGGCCUCCGGCGACCGUACCGGAAACCUUCGGAUCUAUGACCUUCACUUUCUGGCGGAGCAGAUGAAGAUCGAAGCCCACGAGACGGAGGUCAUGUGCCUGGAGUAUUCCACCCCCGAUACCGGCGUGAAGCUGCUGGCGACGGCGAGCCGUGACCGCCUGAUUCACGUGCUGAAUGCGGAGCGUGGAUACAGCCUGGAGCAGACACUGGACGAGCACUCGUCAGCCGUCACCGCCGUCAAGUUCUCCGGAAUUGGAGACCAGCUGCAGCUUGUUAGCUGUGGCAGUGACAAGUCGAUAUACUUUCGCAACGCUGAAAAGACCGCAGAUGGAGUGCAGUUCUCGCGCAAGCACCACGUGGUGGGAAAGACCACGCUGUACGACAUGGAUGUGGACGUCACCCAGAAGUAUGCCGCCAUUGCCUGCCAGGACAGGAACAUACGGAUUUACAACAUCGUCAGCGGCAAGCAGAGGAAGUGCUACAAGGGCUCGCAGGGAGAGGACGGCACACUCAUCAAGGUUCAAAUGGACCCCUCAGGCAUGUACAUCGCCACCAGCUCCUCUGACAAGAACCUGUCAAUUUACGACUUCUACACUGGCGAGUGUGUGGCCACCAUGUUCGGACAUUCUGAGAUCGUUACUGGAAUGAAGUUUAGCAACAACUGCAGCCACUUUAUCUCCGUCUCUGCUGAUAGCUGCGUGUUCGUAUGGAGGCUCAACCCCGAGCUCACUGAGAGCAUGCGGCAGCGCCAGCUGGAGCUGCACAAACUCCCGCGUGGCGUCUCUGCCUCCCCGCCAGCCAGCAGGCGCAUCUCGUAUGGCACGGCUCCGCGGCCUGCACUCUCAUCUGACAGUGACAGCAAGGAGGACGGGGAGACGGCGGAGCUGGAGGAGGAGCAGAACGGAGACGCCGUGUCCAACGCAGAUGUGGAUCCGGACAUCGAUGACCCCUUCAGCGUCACCCACCUUCCGCUCUGGGCCCAGAAGCAGGUUCUGGAUGACAACUCGCUGCCGAGCCGCGACAGGAACCGAAGCCCCGGCGGUUCCGGUCCUCCGCGGCGGCGCUGGGAGCAGCGGGCGCAGGCCGUCAAGUCGAUGCUGGACCUGCGCGAGCUCGAGAUGGAGCACGACUCGCCGCCCUCGAGGCCUGAGCACGACGACGAGCCCCCCACCCCCCCGCUGCGGAACGGCACUACUGCGCCGAGGUCGACGCCGCCGCUGGGAGGGCCCGGUGCCACCACGGGGAUCGGCUCCCUGGACGAGAGGAAGCUCUUCAUCCCGUCCAACGUGGAGAUGCUCAUGAAUGAGAUGAAGGUGUCGCACUCGGAGCCACGCGCCGCCGAGCGGUGCGAGCGGCCGAGCUCGCUGGCGCUGCUAGCACCGCACCCCGAGCCAGGUGCGACGCAGGGCAUCACGCCGGACGUGGAGCCCGAGAUCCUUUUCCCGGCACAAGGCGACGACGUCUCCAUCACCUCCGAAAGCGAAUUCUUGGUGAAGGAGGCUCCCAAGGACCAGCUGGUUAUGACUGCACACCGGCGGGCUGGUGGGCAUGACGCACGCAGCCCGGACAGCGCCUGCUACGCCAACAGCCCAGCGUUUAGCCCACGCCGUAGGCUCGAUGACUCGUCACUGAUAUGCGACGGGAACUCGUCAGAGGACGACGACGAGGAGCCGACACGUAGCACGCACUCCGACCUCUCUCCCGUCACGCCCGACCAUGAUCGCUACCACAAGUACUUUGGUGAUUCUGGCGCCGACACUCCACUCUCCGCCGAGACCAGCGGCUCCCGGGGCCCUCCGAGGUCCGGGGGUGAGACGACGACGGCCGCGGCGGCGGCAGGGGUGGGCACGCCACGGCACAGCAUCACCACCAAGUUCCGCAACAAUGCCCGCAGCUCGCCCAGCAGGAGUUCACCGUCAAGCCCAGCAAACUCGGUCACCACAACUACGCUUCCACAAAAGGACAGAGCUCCCACAAGGAAGCCCGUUGAAUUUCCUGUGAAGUCGAGGCCAGGGGACCGGCGCACGUCGGGCGUGGUGGACAGGGCUGCCACCCCCCGGGGCCCACAGGUACCGGCUGCAAGCAGCCGGAGCCCCGCGGCAAGCGGUGCGGCCGACCGUCGCCGCACUCCGGGCCUGCCCGGCUCGGGGCGUCCGUCAGACGGGACGCCGACCUCGUCCGCGAUGAGGAAGGCCGCCUCCAUGUAUGACCUCGCUCAAGAAGAGAAGUACUCAUUGCAUGCCGGCACAGCAAAGCCCCAAACACGCUCAGUGAUAGGAGCUCGCGAGUCCCGUGCUGUCGAGCCCAAGCGAUCACAACCGGCCCUUCCGCCAAAACCAGAGCCGCGAGCCAUCGUCAGCCCAGCAAUGCGGCAGAUCGCAAGGAAGAAGGCUGCCGCGAGCCCCUCGCCCAGCCCCGCUUCAUCCCUCGCCAACAGCCGCAUGACCCGUAGCGUGUCCAUGGGUGACGGCCUUAACUGCAAAAACUUUGGUGGCUCCGACGACGACGGGGAGAACAGCUCGGUGAGUGAAGAUCUCUACCCCGUGAGAGACCCGGGUUUGAAGAGGCCUCCACCGCGGAGGUCGUAUCACCCUUCCAGGCCAGCGCCGGGGUCGGCCUUCAAGUCACCGGCAACGUCCAAGUUAGCGCCAUCGUCGAUGAAAUCCGCGCUGGUUGCUCCCUCCACUGUGGCUUCGCAGUCCACGGUCCGCACGGCGUACAGGACGAGCCUGAUCCUGGAGCUCUCGAAGCCGCUCUCAUCCCACAUCAACACCGCAUCCAACUCGGUGGUGCAAGUUACAGAGGUCAUGGAGGAGUUCCCGUACGUGGAGCCUUCACGCAAGGCUUUGCCCGUGGGCCCUCGAGCAAAUGCGGAAUUCCAUCGCCUCGACGCGGCGAAGGCUUUGGCUGCCGCCGACUUGUCGAAACUAGACUUGGACACCAGGGACCGUUCUUGGCUUGGGAAUAUGGCCAGAAAGGACCCUGUGCCCGAGAGCCAUGAGAGCCUCAAGCCAAAAUCUGGACGUGAGAAGCUUCUAAAAUCAUACAAAGAACUGGUGGUGAAUGCGGAAAAUUGUGAAGAGGCAGCCAAUGACCUACUUCAGAGCUUACAGAAAGCCAUCUUGCUCUACCACAAGAUCCAGUCAAGCGAGACGCCGGUGGGCAGCAAACACCUGGCAUCGGUACUCGCUGAUGCAUUCGAUGGAGCGCGGGCACAGCUUAGCACGCUGGACCGGAGUGAGGCGAACGCCAGUGGUGGCGGCCGAAGCAUCGACGCCAACGACGACGCGUCAUGCGCGCGUGGCGUGGACGGUGACGGUCCUCUACUGCCGGACGACGCGUCCUCCUCGCCCGGCGAAGACAAGACCAGCGCCCUACUGGAGCACUACUCCAACAUGCUGAUGAGUAUGCUGGAGAAGAAAAUGUCAGGAAACAAACUCUGAUGGUGAUGAUCAUUGGCGUCGUUUUUUUUUAUGUCGCUGUCUUUUUGUUGUCCGAAUGGUACCGUAUUUUAAUGGACGAACAGAUGUAGCGACGGAACCUUAUUUCCCCUUUGAUGUUUUGCACAUUCGAGCGCACGCAGCGCCAAAACACAUUGCGAGUUGAUGGGCAGAGCGAGGCACACAAAAUACCGUCUGUCCGUUUUUCACUAUUUACCGAGCGACUUAAAAGUGUGGGAUUCAGUGUUUCGGGUUGAGCCCGGAUAGAUGGCAGAUGAGUUAGCAGUGUUUUCAGACUACCUUGACAGCACAAUGCAUGGUGGUUGCACGUCUCGUAUGAAAUGUUUUGAGUAAAUGAACUUGCCAAUUGAACGCCAGAGUAUAUGCAACACUAAAGCAGUAUAAAGUCAAACUUCUGUUGCUUACAAUUAACUCAUUCGAGUACCCUGUAAUAGCAGACCACAACAGCAAGAUUAUGCUUAGCAAAGUCUUAAUUUUUAUUAUUUCCUGGAACAGCAAGCCAUGUUCGUUUGUAAAUACUUUUUUGAUUUCCUUGAGAUAUAUAUAAUAAGCUUGUACGGCAGUUAAGUACACACUGGAAACAGUGGGUCCAUCUGAUUAUUCUUCCCCAAAUCGUUUUUGGUAACUUGUAUGUGUACAGUUUACUUGCGUAUGCCUCGUCAGGUGCAUCGUUAACUUAUGCUUUGUAUAAUCCGGCCGUCUACAUGGCUACCGUUUGAAAAAUAAACUUUUUGUAUGAGAAGAGGCAUGCUAUAGUGCACGAUUACUAUUACUGUAUAUGCCAAAAAAUGGUAAAGGCAAUAAGGCGUAAAACUGAUAAAUCCUGUAUAAUCAUGUUUUAUAAUGUUAUUGUUAUUACUGUAAAUUUCCAAAAUGAACUGCAGUUGUGGCGUAUGCAGUCGCGUAAAGUUGUUACACAAGGUGGCCAUUCGAGUGUAGUUUAUUUGUACCGGUCACAUUUUCACUUUUAAAUAAAACGACAAAUACGUUGACGUGGUACGCUUUGCGGUACGAGAGCUUUCCGUUUUUUGCAUUCGUCACCCUUAAAAAAGUGUUCAUGUACAUGAUGUAUUGCACCUCAACGGUGUUAAUUAGUCCUGUAACCACAUGCCCCACACACACGUGUAUUUGCUGCUCUUUGGUUGUACGGUAAGAAGGAAGUGUUUAUCGUUUUACGUUCAGUUUGUGAGUAACAGACGCGGUAUUCACCUUUUCAUGUCCACGCUCACGUUAACUCUUCACUAUCGCAGCAGUGUUUGGAGGUAUGCAAUUGGUGGAAAAAAAUAAACAUUCAAAUUCA